AUGAAGCACUACAGACAUCAGGGACAACAUGGAGCACUACAGACAUCAGGGACAACAUGGAACACUACAGACAUCAGGGACAACAUGGAGGACUACAGACAUCAGGGACAACAUGAAGCACUACAGACAUCAGGGACAACAUGGAGCACUACAGACAUCAGGGACAACAUGGAACACUACAGACAUCAGGGACAACAUGGAGGACUACAGACAUCAGGGACAACAUGGAGCACUACAGACAUCAGGGACAACAUGAAGCACUACAGACAUCAGGGACAACAUGGAGCACUACAGACAUCAGGGACAACAUGGAGCACUACAGACAUCAGGGACAACAUGGAGGACUACAGACAUCAGGGACAACAUGGAGGACUACAGACAUCAGGGACAACAUGGAGCACUACAGACAUCAGGGACAACAUGGAGGACUACAGACAUCAGGGACAACAUGGAGGACUACAGACAUCAGGGACAACAUGGAGGACUACAGACAUCAGGGACAACAUGAGGACUACAGACAUCAGGGACAAAAUGAGGACUACAGACAUCAGGGACAACAUGAAGCACUACAGACAUCAGGGACAACAUGGAACACUACAGACAUCAGGGACAACAUGGAGCACUACAGACAUCAGGGACAACAUGGAACACUACAGACAUCAGGGACAACAUGGAGGACUACAGACAUCAGGGACAACAUGGAGGACUACAGACAUCAGGGACAACAUGAGGACUACAGACAUCAGGGACAACAUGGAGCACUACAGACAUCAGGGACAACAUGAGGACUACAGACAUCAGGGACAACAUGGAGGACUACAGACAUCAGGGACAACAUGGAGCACUACAGACAUCAGGGACAACAUGGAGGACUACAGACAUCAGGGACAACAUGGAGGACUACAGACAUCAGGGACAACAUGGAGGACUACAGACAUCAGGGACAACAUGGAGCACUACAGACAUCAGGGACAACAUGAGGACUACAGACAUCAGGGACAACAUGGAGGACUACAGACAUCAGGGACAACAUGA